AUGUCAAAUAAAAUAUUUAUAAAAUCCGUAAAGGUUACUGGUGAAAAAAACAAUGUGAUUGAUCUUUACGGGCAGGUUAUUGUACAUUCUGGUAACCACAAAGAGAAAAUAGUGACAAUAGAAUACACUAUAAAUUCUUGGGACGUGGGAGAUAGCGUAAUCGCAUCACAAUUACCUACUCUUUUUAAUAAUCAAGAAGUAUAUUAUUUUGAAAUUUCCACCUUUAAAGUUCCUAAUACACCCUUACAUUUUGGAUUUCUUGCGCGGUUUGAUGUCGAAGGUUAUACCUUUUGGGCUGAUAGCAGUUAUGAAUAUUCAUACAAUGGAAGUCCUCCUAAAGAAUUCUUUUUUCACGAUGCUACAAUUGAAAGUACCUCCCAAAAUAUUUCAACAAAAAACAAUGGUUUAACAUUGAGUGUGGAGCGCGAACGAGUAGAAGAAGAGCGUAGAUUGCUGGAAGAAGAACAUGGACGCAAACAACAAGUUCCUAAACAAAUAUUCAGAAAAAAAGAAUGCAUAAUAUGCACUGAGAAUGUCGACAUUGAAGCCUUUUUGAAUAUUACUGACCAGUGUAGUCAUAAUAUAUGUCGUGAAUGUGUAGGCGAAUACAUCAAGCACGAACUUGAAGAUAAUGGAAAUGUUAAAAUCAAGUGUCCGGAAGAUGGAUGUAACGAAAUAUUAAAUCAGAAGGAUAUAAAAAAAUUCGCAAGUGAGGAGUCAUUCAGGCGGUAUGAAAGAUUCUUGCUAAAUAUUGCAUUAUCUCAGAUUUCUACUUUCCAAUGGUGCUUAAAUCCAAAUUGCGGAUCAGGACAGGAUCACUAUCAAGAAGAUGUUCCGAUAAUGGUCUGCAAUUCGUGUGGGAAGAAAUCUUGUGUUGUACAUGGACUCCCAAUUGAUAUUGAGUGCAAACAAUGUAGAGAAGAAGGACAUAAAAUAAUAGAAGAACAGCGCAUAUUAGUAGAAGAAGAACAGCGCCUAUUAAUAGAAGAAGAACAAUGCAUGUUAAUAGAAGAAGAACAACGCAUGUUAAUAGAAGAAGAAAUAGAAGAAGAAACACGCAGAUUAAGAGAAGAAGAAAUAGAAGAAGAAACACGCAGACUAAGAGAAGAAGAAAUAGAAGAAGAAACACGUAGACUAAAAGAAGAGGAGGAACGUUGGCAAAAGGAAGAAGAAGAACUUAGAAUAAUAGAAGAAGAACAACGCAUAUUAAUAAAAGAAGAAAUAGAAGAAGAAGAACGCAAACUAAGAGAAGAGGAAGAAAAGGAAGAGCAACGAAGAUUAGCAGCACUUCAAAAUUCUGAAAAUGCAUCCGAAAACUACGUAAAUCAACUAAAGCAAUGCCCAAGGUAUGUUUGGGCGAUUGGGGAAGAUGUAACUGCUAAAGAUAUUGAUGUCAAAAACCACAAACUUUUUUCCUGA